GCAGGCCACGUGUGUAAACUCUUCCUGAACCUGUUGCUUCUUCCGGAGCCAGACUAGAGGAAGGACGGGUGCAAGGCCAGAGGAUUGGGACAUCAGCCAACGGCUGACCUCCGCCAGCCCAGCCCUCCCACCGACGCCCACUGCACCGCAGCUCCGGAGAAGCAGCAGGUCCUGGUGCACCAUGAUUUCACCAUUCUUAGUACUGGCCAUUGGCGUCUGUCUUUCCAACGCCCUGGUGCCAGAGAAGGAGAAGGACCCCAAGUACUGGCGGGACCAAGCCCAGCAGACCCUGAAAAAUGCCCUGGGGCUCCAGAAGCUCAACACCAAGGUGGCCAAGAACGUCAUCAUGUUCCUGGGAGACGGGAUGGGUGUGUCCACGGUGACAGCCGCCCGCAUCCUAAAGGGUCAGCUCCACCACAACCCUGGGGAGGAGACCAGGCUGGAGAUGGACAAGUUCCCCUUCGUUGCCCUCUCCAAGACCUACAACACCAACGCGCAGGUCCCCGACAGUGCGGGCACCGCCACCGCCUACCUGUGUGGCGUGAAGGCCAAUGAGGGCACCGUGGGGGUGAGCGCGGCGACCCAGCGCUCCCAGUGCAACACCACGCAGGGCAAUGAGGUCACCUCCAUCCUGCGCUGGGCCAAGGAUGCCGGGAAAGCCGUGGGCAUUGUGACCACCACGAGAGUGAACCACGCCACUCCCAGUGCCGCCUAUGCCCACUCAGCUGACCGGGACUGGUACUCGGACAACGAGAUGCCCCCGGAGGCCCUGAGCCAGGGUUGCAAGGACAUCGCCUAUCAGCUCAUGCACAACAUCAGGAACAUUGACGUGAUCAUGGGUGGCGGCCGCAAAUAUAUGUAUCCCAAAAAUAGAACCGACGUGGAGUAUGAGGUCGACGAGAAGGCCAGGGGCACGAGACUGGAUGGCCUGGACCUCGUGGACAUCUGGAGGAGCUUCAAGCCCAGGCACAAGCACUCCCACUUUGUCUGGAACCGCACCGAACUCCUGGCCCUUGACCCCUACACUGUGGACUACCUCUUGGGUCUCUUUGAGCCGGGGGACAUGCAGUACGAGCUGAACAGGAACAACGUCACCGACCCGUCGCUCUCCGAGAUGGUGGAGGUGGCCAUCAAGAUCCUGAAGAAGAACCCCCGAGGCUUCUUCCUGCUGGUGGAAGGAGGCAGGAUUGACCACGGACACCAUGAGGGCAAGGCCAAGCAGGCACUACAUGAGGCCGUGGAGAUGGACCGGGCCAUCGGAAAGGCCGGCACCAUGACCUCUCUGGAAGACACCCUGACCGUGGUCACCGCUGACCACUCCCACGUGUUCACCUUCGGAGGAUACACGCCCCGUGGCAACUCCAUCUUUGGCCUGGCCCCCAUGGUGAGCGACACGGACAAGAAACCCUUCACUGCCAUCCUGUAUGGCAACGGGCCAGGCUACAAGGUGGUCGGCGGCGAGCGAGAGAACGUCUCCAUGGUGGACUACGCUCACAACAACUACCAGGCCCAGUCCGCUGUGCCCCUGCGCCAUGAGACCCACGGCGGGGAGGAUGUGGCCGUCUUCGCCAAGGGCCCCAUGGCGCACCUGCUGCAUGGUGUCCACGAGCAGAACUACAUCCCUCACGUGAUGGCUUACGCGGCCUGCAUCGGCGCCAACCUGGACCACUGUGCCCGGGCCAGCUCUGCCGGCAGCCUUGCCCCGGGCGCCCUGCUCCUCCUGCUGACCCUCCUCCCCCUGAGCGUCCUGUUCUGAGGGCCCGAGGCCCGGGCACCCACAAGCCCAGGACAGUUGCAGCCUCCUCUCUCGGUGCUGCCCACUGCCCGACAGCCCACACCUCAGGGGGCGGGGAGGCCGAGGCCACUGCUGCCUCUGCACCUGCCAGAAAGGGGACCCAGGAACCAAAGUCUGCUGCCCAGCUCACUCCCUUCUGGAAUCCUCUGCGGGGCCAGUGCCUGGCCUCCUGCCUCCCCUCCCUCUCCUCUGCCCUUUGGCCAACAGGGUAGGUUUCUCUUGGACAGGCAGAGAGCACAGACUGCAGAAAUGCCCAAAGCAUCUUAUUUUUCUAGCAAAUAUACUUCUUCAGGCCCAGAAGCCCUGCGGCCUCCACGGAACAUUCCGGAUCCGACCUCCCACUCCCCUCUCCUUCCCUCUGGAACUCACCGGGCCCUGUCAUGCUCAUGGCCCUGUGCCCAAGCCCAGCCCCCGGCCCCGCAGGGGUGUCCAAGGCUCCCGCCAAGGCUGCCCAGGGCUCCCAGGAAACCGCCUCCUGGGACUGGCGUCCAACCCAGGGGGGCCAGGCUGGAAGAGCCACCCACUGGGGCACCCACGCCCAGCCGCAAACAUACGGGCCAGCUCCUCUCUGAAGCGACUCUCCUGUUUGGAACGGCAAAAAAAAAAAAAAGAAAAAAAAUUCUCUCUUUGGUGCUGGUUCAAAGGGAACAACAAAACAUUUAAAUAAAACUUUCCAAAUAUU